AUGUCUCAUGAUAUGACACAACCCGUGAGCGUCCCAGAUACGUGGAAGCUUGGUCAUCCUGCAUUUAAACCGUUUAAUCCCGGUACGCUGGUCCUGAAGCGAAUAUUCACGUCAGGAAGGUUGAACGUUGAUAAAUUCAGUCCUGUGUA